GCUCCCUGCGGGGAUGUCCCGCAAGCAGGCGGCCAGGGCCCGGCCCGCCGGCCGCAGGAGGGCCCCGAGCCCCGCAGCGGGCGGAGGCGGCCUCGCCAGGCAGCUCCGGGCCCUCGGCCUCAAGCUGCGGGAGGUGCCGGGCGAUGGCAAUUGCUUGUUCCGGGCCCUUGGUGACCAGCUUGAGGGGCACUCCCGAAACCACCUCAGACAUCGCCAGGAAACGGUGGACUACAUGAUAAAGCAGCGGGAGGAGUUUGAACCGUUCGUGGAAGAUGAUGUUCCCUUUGAGAAACACGUUACCAACUUGGCAAAGCCGGGUACCUUUGCUGGCAACGACGCUAUUGUGGCCUUUGCAAGGAACAAUCAAAUGAAUGUGGUUAUUCAUCAGCUUAAUGCUCCACUGUGGCAGAUUCGAGGCACAGACAAAAACAACACGAGGGAGCUGCACAUUGCAUAUCGGUAUGGAGAGCACUAUGACAGCGUGAGGAGAAUUGAUGAUGACUCAGAAGCUCCAGCAUAUCUUCAGAUGGAGAUGCUUUCCAAAAACGAUGCAAGUGAGGAGGAAAUGAAGCCAGAGAAGAGUGGCUCUGAAGAUGAGAUUGAAGUUGAAAAGGAAGCUGCUAUACAAAAAGUGUGCAGUGCAACUGGAUGUUCAGACAUUGAGUUAGUAAGCCAGGUUCUGAAAGUGGAAGACUACAACGUAGAUUCUGCAAUAUUUGCCAUCCUUCAAGUGAAGGAAAUGGAAGGUAUCAGUGCUGAGGAGCAGCGCGAUCCUCAGAGCAAAGGUCAGAAAUCGUGUACCUCAGCCCUGUGGGAAGAUAACAGAAGUGGUUCAAGAAUCUUCAGAAAUCAGAGUUUGCAUCAAGAUGAAAUAGAAAACCACAAAGGACUGGCUAAAUCUAAUGAAGAUAGUCGAUCCAGCAAAAACCCAAAGGUAUCAAAAAAACUAAAGAAGGAACAGCAACGGCUGGAGAAAAAGAAGAGACAGGAAGAAAGGCACCGACAAAAGGUCUUGGCCAACAAAAGUAACUGUGCAGAUAGCAACAGGAGAGAGAUGGACUCGGAUAACCAGAUCACCUUGGUGAAGGCCAUGACGGCUCUAAACAUAUGACUGAAUGUUCUGAGCAUUCUGGUGAGAAAAGCAAAGGAAACCGAUCAAGACAAAACUCCUCUUAAGCAAAUUUCCAAGCACCCACUGUCAUCUUGAAAUCAAUUUCUGCAGAGAUCUCUGAGCACAUAGGAACUUUGUUUCUUCAACUGCAGGGCAAACAGUUACUCAGUAAUUCUACGUCAACCUGUGUGAGAGAAGAGAGUUUUAAACUUAACAAAAAAGUAGAGGUUUAUUUUUGUUCUUAUGGAGUUAGGUUAAGGUGAGAACCUUUUCCCCACACAGCAAUGCCAGACUUGCUUUGAGAUCUCUUGAUAUGCUUAGAUUUGUUAUAGCAACUUUGUGCUUAGUUAUGCUUAGAGGAGAUUUAUUUUACCUUACUGUCAGGGAAAGCGUUAACAGUUCUCAACUCAGGAACACACUUUUUUUUUUUUUUUUUUAAUUUAAAUUUAAAAAGUAAGGGAACAGAGGAACAGAAUCCUUCCAAAACACUAAGUGUCAGCCAACACUCUCAAACAUAAUAUUCCUCUUUUCUUUCUCAUCCAAGAGAGUUAAACCAGUGGGCUCCUGGUACUGCAGAGCCAUUUCUUCUGAUCUAUAAAGUCUAAUGAGGUAGCAAUAUGACACACUACAAGCAGGCAUGAGAUUUCUGCUGAGUGCUGUUACUUGAACAUCUGGAAUCUCAUCUCCUUUGCCAUACUUUGGAGCUGUAGGGCCACUCCAGAGCUUUAGUCCAAGCCAGGAACUUAAUAGUUUUUAGUCUCUAAAUGAAAUUUGUGUAGCCAACGGAUUGGGAGUUCUGGGAACAAGCUUCCAAGCAGCAGCGAUCACUGGGAACCCUGCCUGCUUCACUCUUCGUAAAUCAAGCUUUUUCCAGAAUAGGAUUUUCAUCUUAAAUCCCUCUUGCAUAUGGUCACUAGGUACUGUAGAAUGUAUACUUUGAAUCCUGUGGUGCUUUUAUAGGGAAUUUGGACUGAAGUGUAAGGACUGUGGGAUUUGGCCCUAGACUUAUGGCUUGCAGUAUUUCAGCCUCACUCAGGUUUUGGACUUGUAUCAAGGAGUAAGCUUUAAGAAAGCACGUGCACUUACACACAGUAGACAACAGGAGGCACUUCAUCAGCCAGGGCAGAGAUGAAAUAAAUUUUUUCAAAUUAAGGAGCAUUGUUGUUUUUCUUCAAAUCUAUACAUUCUUUGAAGCUUCCAAAUCGAUACGUAAAUGCCUUUUUUUGACUGAAAUGCCAAAACCUGAGGUAGUAUUUCUUCAUAUGCUCUGCUACUGCUCUUGAUAGAGCAUUUGAACAAUAAAAAGGAAGGAGCUCUACUUUAAAUACUGACGGUGUAGGCGAACAGGCUUGAAUGCUUGUUAAAAAGUUACUUUGGUUCCUGUAAUGAGCUUGGCAGAAAUAAAAAGAAAUAUAAAACAGCUCUUAUGCUUUAUGGAGGGACAGUAUCUGGGAAGUGAAGAAGCAUAUUACGUGCUGCUGUAAGUGCCUGUGGCAGGCAUUAGAAAUUACUGUAGCGGGAAAUCUGAAUAGUAUUUGGUAGGUAGGAGAACAUGGAUGAGCCUUGAGUUUUCAGUGCUGUUUGAAAAUCGGUAAAAUCCAUUUUAUGCUAACCAUUAGAUGACCUGUUAGCAAUGUUAUUUCUGGAAUUCUCUUUCCCACUUGACUUUUACAAAAGUGGAAAGAGUGGAUAGCUUCAGUGGGACAAAGUGCAGGUCACUUCACCGGUGUGAUGAGACUGGAAGGCAGCAGGCACGUCAAGGUAGUUCAGGUAAAUGUAUCACCUUUGUCUUACCCAGCCUUGGAGGGAUGUUUUUGGUUUUUUGGUUAUUUACCAACAGUCUUGCCUCAUCUGCAAUACUUGAACAGCAAAGAAAGUCAUCCAUGGUAUCCACGUGUGCAGCAGCAUUCUGGAAGGUGCCUUCAUCUUCUGUUGGGUUCUGCUGAAACUACACAAGAGUUUUCUUUCUCUUUCCUUUUCUAAAUGCUCAGUGGGGCAUAUGCUUCUGUUACCAAACCAAAUCCCCAGUUUUUGAUACUGAGUGCAAUAAAGGUUAUAAA